AUGUGUGAUGCUGACCAUCCUUCUUUGAUUGAGUUGGAGAAUAUGGUAAAGACUACGGAAGUGGGAUACUCUGAGUUGAGCAGAGUCAUUGAAGUUUAUGUUGAGCACUUCAUUCCAAAUGUGUUUAUCCAUAGUCAAGUUGAUUCAAAUGCAGGUGGUUUGGCAGAAAAUCAAAAGGAAAAUCAAAACUUUGAAAGUUCUAAUGAGAGUGGCUCGUACUCAGACGGAGAGUCCUCAAAGUAUGAAUACUUUUAUGAUAAUGAGUAUGACAGGCAUGAUGAUGAAUUGUAUGAUACUUUUGUGGAUCAUGAUGCUGAAUUUGUUAGAGUUAACAAAGGGAAAUGA